GCAUGAAGGCGGUAGGAGGUGAACUGACGAUGGAGGAGGCGGAGAUGGCUGUGAGGCUAUCGGAUUCUGAUGGGGACGGGUUGUUAGGGUUGGAGGAUUUUACGAAGUUAAUGGAAGGAAUGGAGGAAGAGAGGAAUAAAGAGAGUGAGUUGAUGGGAGCAUUUGGAAUGUAUGAAAUGGAAGGAUACAUUACUCCUAAGAGCUUGAAGAUGAUGUUGAGUCGACUCGGCGAGUCAACCUCCAUUGAUAAAUGCAAGGUUAUGAUAAGGAGAUUUGAUAUCAAUGGAGAUGGAGUUCUUAGCUUUGAUGAGUUUAAAAUUAUGAUGACAAGUUAAGAAGAGUUUAGAGAGAAAUAUUUGUGUAAAUAUGAUUCUUGAGAUCAAAUAAUUCAUUGAGAUUUUUUCAUUUCAUAUUUGUAAAGUUACUCCCUCCAUAUUUUAUGAAUUGGAGCACGUAUUACUUCUUUGUUUAUUAAAUUAUUCAUCGAA